ACAGAGAGAGAGAGAGAGAGAGCGACUCAAACGGGUGGCUGAGCUAGUGAUCUGUGGUGAUUGAUAGAUGAUAGGUGAGAGACUGGGUGGAACCAGGAAUUUCUAGAGAGAGCGAGAGAGACUUAAGCACCGUGCAAGCAAAGCAUACGAUCAGACAUCCCUCUGCCGGCGGCAAAAAACAGGAGAGAACACGGAGAGAGAGAGCGAGAGAGAGAGGGGGGGAGGGAGGAGGGAGAAAGGAGAUGGGUCGGGGGAAGGUGGAGAUGAGGCGGAUCGAGAACAAGAUAAGCCGGCAGGUGACGUUCGCCAAGCGCCGGAACGGGCUACUCAAGAAGGCCUACGAGCUAUCGCUGCUCUGCGACGCCGAGGUCGCCCUCAUCAUCUUCUCCGGCCGCGGCCGGCUCUUCGAGUUCUCAAGCUCCUCAUGCAUGUACAAAACACUUGAGAGAUACCGCACCUGCAACUGCAACUCACAAGAAGCAACCCCUCUAGCAGAAAAUGAAAUAAAUUACCAGCAAUAUCUGAAGCUGAAGACCAGACUUGAAUAUCUUGAAAGUUCACAAAGAAAUAUUCUCGGUGAGGAUCUGGGCCCACUUAGCAUGAAGGAACUUGAGCAAAUUGAGAACCAAAUAGACAUAUCCCUCAAGCAUAUCAGGACAAGAAAGAAUAAAGUAUUACUUGAUGAGCUAUAUGACCUGAAAAGUAAGGAGCAAGAAUUGCAGGAUCAAAACAAAGACCUGAGGAAGAAGUUGCAAGACACCAGCUGUGCCGAGAAUGCGCUCCAUAUGGCCUGGCAAGAUAGAGGACAGAGUAGCUCAAGUGGGCAUGCCAUUGAUACUACUUAUCCAGGACUUGUGCAACACCCGGAACAUGAUUCCUCCAUGCAAGUUGGGUACAAUAAUCAGGUCUACGUGGACCAGCCGAACAACAACGAAGACAUGGCUUCUCAGCGCCUUCAUGGACUUGGAACAUCUGCAGGUUGGAUAUGAUUGACGUCGAAUCUGGAGUCCAGAAACUCUGCAUAUGACUGAUGUAGUCACUGGUCUAUGUAUUGAGAUCGCUGCUCUUGGCACUUUUCGGAAGAAUAAACAGGAGUCGAGUACGUAUCUAUUGUAAUGGUUUAUUCAUCCACGGACAUGGGAGUGGGACAUCACGUGGCCUGGCGUUGCGUCCCGUACGUAGCUAAUAUAUUUCGAUUUGUGUGUCACUUGUUAUAUUUUGUGUGCUGAACGUGUGGUCAUUACGAACCAUAUGUAUGAAUCAAAAUUCCUCUUGUUGUAUGGAUUUAGAGCAUAAUCAGUUUGAUGCCAAAAAUUGGCAUUGUGUC